AGCAUUUUACCUUCAUUUGUAUAUUUAGUUAAUUUAUAUUGCGGAUUUUGGAAGAUGUGUUAUACAAUCAAAGAUGGAAAUUAUUGUCGUUAAUCAGUAUUGUGAGUUAGUGUAACAAUGUGAUUUGAAAUAAAGAAAUGAGUUAAUUUACAAACUUCAGGGAAGUUAUUAUGGCCAGUACAACUGCAAUUCAAACAAAGCAUCGUGAUUUUAACCUAAAUGAUUUCGAGUUAACGACCACUCUCGGUACAGGAACAUUUGGACGUGUCAUCUUAGCAAAGACUAAAAAAACUGGCGAAUAUUUUGCACUAAAAGUGAUGAGCAUAGCUGAUAUUAUUCGACUGAAGCAAGUGGAACACGUACAGAAUGAGAAAAAUAUUUUAAUGAAAGUGGAUAAUCCAUUUGUAGUUAAUCUAUUAUGGACAUAUCAUGAUAGCAAGUUCCUUUACAUGGUAUUUGAGUAUGUUUGUGGCGGAGAACUUUUUUCAUAUUUAAGAAAUGCUGGAAAAUUUAGCAAUACAACUGGACUUUUUUAUACUGUUGAAAUUAUUUCAGCAUUAGCACAUUUGCAUUCUGUAAAUAUUGUAUAUCGGGAUUUAAAACCAGAAAAUCUUCUUCUUGAUAUUGAUGGACAUAUCAAAAUAACAGACUUUGGGUUUGCCAAAGAAGUACAAGACAAAACAUGGACUUUAUGUGGCACUCCUGAGUAUUUAGCACCAGAAAUCAUACAAAGUAAAGGACACAACAAAGCUGUUGACUGGUGGGCGCUUGGUGUCUUAAUAUAUGAAAUGUUAAUAGGGUAUCCUCCAUUUUUUGAUGAUAAUCCAUUUGGAAUAUAUGAGAAAAUCUUAGCGGGCAAAGUAGAAUGGCCAAAGAUGAUGGAUACUUCUCCUGCAAAAGAUUUGAUAAAGAAACUACUAGUGCAUGAUAGAACAAGAAGACUGGGAUGUUUGAAGAAUGGCGCUGAAGACGUAAAAGCGCAUAAAUGGUUUCGGGGAAUAGACUGGGAAGUAGUUAUUCAAAGAAAAUUACAGCCACCAAUUGUACCAAAAAUGCACCAUCCUGGUGAUACAAGGAAUUUUGACGACUAUCCAGAUGAAGAUUGGCGGAGUGCUCUACCCGUUAAUGGAAAACAACUUGAAUCUUUUAAGGAGUUUUAACAGUAUUUUUAAUUAGAUGAAACAACGUCUACCCGCCAAGUGAAGAAAUUAUCUUUGGUGUCCUGCAACGUGGCUUGUAGUACAAUUUAUAACGAAUGCUAUUGCCGAAUCGUUGUAACUUUUUACAAGUUUGCAUAUUAGUCGGUUGUAACAAUUUAAUGACAAAAUAUUUUAUAUUAUAUACUAUAGGAAAUGAAAAAAUCUUGCACUUCGCAUACAGUGUAUUUUUGUAUCUUUCAAAUGGAAUAAUUUCAUCUAAAUGCGUUA